AUGCUAUCACCACGCAAUACCAGCCGGAUACCCCGAAUUACGCGACCCCUACGACCCCCAAGCAUCUGGCCUCAUGCCCACCACCAAAACCGACCCUUCACCCAAACCUCGAACCACCAACUCGUCUCCCCCGCGCUAACCCGUCCUCAACUCCCCUUCCUCAGCACAAGCAGCCGUCUUACACCAUGGCCAAUUCACCUCCGUCAGCACUUCGCGCGUCUCAUGUCGACAGAAAGCCGCGACUACUACCGCCGCCGGAUCUCCCGCGGCCUCCGCAUCGGUCUGAGCUUCUAUGCGAUCCUGGUGCUGUUCCAGGUGAUCAAGCUGGGGAUGUACCAGGAAGGCAUUGAACAUCAGUGGCCGACGCCGGAGGAAUGGACGUGGAAGAGUCGGUGGUGUUUACGGUCCGCGCGGGCGUUGAUGCAUCCAGAGGAUAUUGGGAAGUUGAUGACGAAUUGGCCCAUGGUUGCGGGGUAUCUGCGGGAGUUGGUUGAGCGAUUGGAAGACCUCAAUGGGGAAGGGAAGGGGAUGGAACUUGGAGAAAACGGAUUUGAUGUCUCGGGCAAGAGUGAGCCCUGGAGACGUGGGUAUUUCCAGGCGUUGAUGGGCGCGGCCAAGGCCGCGGAGAAUCUGGAUGGGUGGUUGACGGAUCGGAAGCAAAGGAUUUCGGCGCCCGUGGAGUAUGUGGUUGGGCCAUCUAACCCCAGGCCUAAGCCUAUGCCUGCUGGGCAGAAGAAGGUGCCGAGGGAGGAUGAUAGUGAGGCUGCGUCGCCGGGUGCGGAGAAGUUUUAUAUUAAGAUCUUGACGACGAAUGGGUUUGAGACGGGGCAGAAGGUUGAUGCUGCGCUGGCUUAUGCGGAUUGGUUGGAUUACAAGGGGCUGAAGGAGACGGCGGGGGAUAUGUAUACGUGGGCUAUGGAUAUCGCGGCUACGGGAUUGUCUGUGGAUGUGGGUAAGGUCGUGGACCGGAAGACUGGUGUGCUGAAGAACAACAGCAACGCACCUGUGUCUGAGAAUGUCAUUCGCGUCUCUACAGCUCUUGCAGUCCACCAUGCCAAGCAGGGCAAUCUAUCCAACGCCUUGUCCAUCUUCGCCUCCGUCCUAAAAGCCCGCCGCUCCUCAACACCCGGCGACACAUCAACAAUCCCAGCGCUCCCCUCCCCCGCUAAAGCAAACGACGACGCCAUCUCCUCCCUCUUCUACUCUAUCAGAAACAUGCUUGUCCCAGCCGAAUACCCACACCCACCACUAUCAGGCAACGACCCGCCUCUCCGUACCCCAUCCUCCCUCUGCGACGAAGCAGCCCUGAUGACCUACAUCGGCGAAAUCAUCUACGCCUCCUCCUCCAAAGAAACAGGCCUAGCCUGGACCCGCGACGCCGUCGAUACCGCCGAAGCUACUAUCCUUGAACUGGGCUCUCCAGCAGUCGACUCCGAAGACAACCCCCGCCAACGCUGCGCAGAGUGUCUCAAAGUUGGCCUCGAGAACUGGCGAACUAUGGUCGGGAACUUGGUAGCGCAUGCUGAGCGCGAGGAGAUUCAGGCCGCUGACAAGGCGCAGGGUUCCUGGUUUGGAGGGGAGAAGAACGUUAAGGCUAAGGCGCUUGAGCGGAAGCGGUGGGAGGCUGAGAAGUUGAUUCUGGAGGAUCGGGCUAGGAAGCUGGGGUCGAUGAUUGAGGGGGAGACUGGGGUUGAGGGGAUUAUGCCGGGGAGCUCGUUGUUUGUUUAG